AGCGGGCGUUCCCGGCCGCGGAGCGCCGCGCGCAUCUUCCUCGCCGUGACACACAGAUUUGAUUAUCAAAGAAAUGGAUACUUCUCCCUCCAAAAAAUAUCCAGUUAAAAAACGGGUGAAAAUACACCCCAAUACGGUGAUGGUGAAAUAUACCUCCCAUUAUCCCCAGCCUGGGGAUGAUGGAUAUGAAGAAAUCAAUGAAGACUAUGGAAAUUUUAUGGAAGAAAAUCCGAAGAAAGGCCUGCUGAGUGAAAUGAAAAGAAAAGGAAGAACUUUCUUUGGAACCAUGGACACUCGACCUCUGCCAACAGAAGACCCAAUGACCAAUGAUAUUGGACAAUUCCAGAGCUUUGCAGAAAAAAAUAUUUUUCAAUCCAGAAAAAUGUGGAUAGUGCUGUUUGGAUCUGCUUUGGCUCAUGGAUGUGUAGCUCUUAUCACUAGGCUUGUUUCUGAUCGUUCUAAAGUUCCGUCUCUAGAGCUGAUUUUUAUCCGUUCUGUCUUGCAGGUCUUAUCUGUGUUAGUUGUAUGUUACUACCAGGAGGCCCCCUUUGGACCCAGUGGAUACAGAUUACGACUCUUCUUUUAUGGCGUAUGCAAUGUCAUUUCUAUCACCUGUGCUUAUACGUCAUUUUCAAUAGUUCCUCCCAGCAAUGGGACCACUAUGUGGAGAGCCACAACCACAGUCUUCAGUGCCAUUCUGGCUUUUUUACUUGUAGAUGAGAAAAUGGCUUAUAUUGACAUGGCUACAGUUGUUUGCAGCAUCUUAGGUGUUUGUCUUGUCAUGAUCCCCAACAUUGUUGAUGAAGACAAUUCUUUGUUAAAUGCCUGGAAAGAAGCCUUUGGGUACACUAUGACCGUGAUGGCUGGACUGACCACUGCUCUUUCCAUGAUAGUAUACAGAUCUAUUAAGGAGAAGAUCAGCAUGUGGACUGCACUGUUUACCUUUGGUUGGACUGGGACAAUCUGGGGAAUAUCUACUAUGUUUGUUCUUCAAGAACCCAUCAUCCCAUUAGAUGGAGAAACCUGGAGUUAUCUUAUUGCCAUAUGCGUCUGUUCCACUGCAGCAUUCUUAGGAGUUUAUUAUGCUUUGGACAAAUUCCAUCCAGCUUUGGUCAGCACAGUACAACACCUGGAGAUUGUAGUGGCUAUGGUCUUGCAGCUUCUAGUGUUACACAUAUUUCCUAGUGUCUAUGAUGUUUUUGGAGGGGUAAUCAUUAUGAUUAGUGUUUUUGUCCUUGCUGGUUAUAAACUUUAUUGGAGGAAUUUAAGAAGGCAGGAUUAUCAGGAAAUUUUAGACUCUCCCAUUAAAUGAAUACUUGAUU